AUGGAAGCGGCAAAUGCUAACCUCAAUCUGGAGGAGGUUACGCAAAACGUGGCUGAGAAACAUAACCUCAAACUGGUUGAGGUUAUCCAACAAGCGGCAGAAACACCCAUGCCUUCUUCAAGUGGGACAAGCUACAACGCGGUGAGCAAACCUAACCUCACUCCUGCUAAGGUAUCCGACAGUGUGGCUAAUCGGCUAGCCAUUAUGAAGCGGCGGCAGGAGGCGGAGAGGAAACGGAUGGAGCUCGAGUUGCAGCUGAAGUUUGUGAAGGAGGAGGAGGACUUGUUGUCCGAGGAGUUGGGUGUGAUUGCGAUUUCGGGAGCAUCGACUGUGAAACUGUCCCGGCCGGAUGGAGAAUCGAUGCGAGGCUCGCAGCAGGAUGAGCGUGGUCCCGCCCCGCGACUGGAAAGUGUUCAUCGAAACGUGCCAACCGAAUUACCCGAGUUUUCAGGGGACCCGGCGGAAUGGCCCGUAUUUAUUGCGCACUACGAUUACACAACGGAGAAAUGUGGUUUUUCCAACUGGGAAAACAUGAUACGGCUGCAGAAGGCGCUCAAAGGACCUGCGCUAGAAGUUGUGCGAAGCCGUUUAGUGCUACCGGAGGUGGUGCCACAAGUGAUUGCGACGCUGCGAUCGCGCUAUGGUCGGCCGGAACAUCUCAUUUCAGCGCUGAUUGGGAAAAUGCGUCGGAUGCCUGCACCUUGCAGGGAGAAGCCCGAUACUGUUGUGGCGUUCGGCGAGGCAGUGCGGAGCAUGGUAGAUCACAUGCAGGCUGCUGGUCUACGGGCACACUUGACCAACCCGUUGCUGCUGCAAGAGAUCGUGGAAAGGUUGCCGACGAGCGAGCAGUACAGCUGGGCACGGCACAUACGAGGCGUGACGGAACCGGAUCUUAUCGUGUUUGGCGAAUUCAUGACGGAAUGGAUGGACGAUGCUGAAACGUUAACCAGGCUGGAUUCACCCUCAUUGAAAGCAGUAGACAGGAAGAAACCUAACACCAAGGGUUACGUGCAUGCGCACGUGGAAAACCAGGGAGCGACCACAUCGGGAACAAGAGCCAUCCAGGUAGGACAAUCUUGUUUUGAUUUGUCUUGUAACAAACGGGGACACCUUGUGAGCAAAUGCUUCGCGUUUGGAGCAAUGGCGGUGAAGGACCGCUGGCGGAAGGCCCGUGCACUUUCUUUAUGUUUUAGCUGUCUGGAGCGGCACAACUGGCGGACGUGCCAAAACAGAGCGGUUUGCAGCAUUGGUGGGUGCACGCGCCGACAUCAUGCGUUGCUACACGGCGCUGAGGAGUCUCGCGAGAUCGGCAGCGAGCAGAAUAAUAUAGAAAGCCGUGAAGGAGGAAUCGAUGGUGGUGUCAUUGCGGAGAGUAACCAUCACCAAUACGUGUCAUCAUCAUCGAAGGCGCUAUUUCGAAUAGUGCCUGUCACCGUGUAUGGACCGGCUGCUACGGUGACGACGUUUGCGUUUUUGGAUGAAGGCUCGUCCAUGACGCUGGUGGAUGACGAUUUGGCUGAACAAUUAGGUGUUGAGGGCAAGGUGGAGCCACUUUGCAUCCGUUGGACAGACAACACUACAAGGGUCGAGGCUGGAUCCAGACGAGUAAACCUGAAGGUGGGACCUGUUGGUUCUACAAAGCGGUUUGCCAUCCACUCGGUACGGACUGUGCCAGGGCUAAACCUACCUCGACAAUCCUUCGUGCAGGACGAAGGGAGAUGGCAACAUUUGGAGCGGCUACCGAUUCGGCAAUAUCGGGAUGCGGAACCCAAGCUGCUUAUUGGGUUGGACAAUUUGCGGUUGGCGGUCCCUCUCAGGACUAAGGAGGGAGGCGUUGGUGAUCCAAUCGCAGUAAAGACACGCCUUGGGUGGUGUAUUUACGGAAAACCGGCGAAUCUGGAGUGUGAACGGUUGUUGCAUAUUUGCGAGUGCAACGACCAAGGUAACAUUCACGAGACGAUUCGGGAAUAUUUCGACAUGCAGUUGAUUGGUGCUGCACACGGCGUCGAACAGGAUCCAGAUGAGCGGCGUGCGAAGCAGAUUCUGGACACUACCACGGCACGAAUCGGGAAGCGAUUCGAAUCGGGAUUACUGUGGAGGAAAGAUGACAUCGAGCUACCUCCUAGCAUCGACAUGGCGCGUCGUAGGUUCAAUUGUUUGGAGAGGAGGAUGGAGCGAGAUGGACAUCUUAAGGAACAAGUACAUCGCCAGAUUCGAGAUUUGUUGAGCAAGCAGUACGUUCACAAGGCUACGUUGCGUGAGCUGGAGGAGGCUGACCAGCGACGCGUAUGGUACCUACCAAUAGGGGUGGUUACCAACUCAAAUAAACCUGGAAAGGUUCGGCUGAUUUGGGACGCGGCAGCUAAGGCGCAUGGAACAUCGUUGAACGACAUGCUGCUGAAGGGACCAGACGAGCUGAGCUCGUUACUUGGCGUACUCUUCCGAUUUCGUCUGUACGCAGUGGCGGCGUGUGCAGACGUGAAGGAGAUGUUUUUGCAGAUUAUGAUACGAAAGGAAGACAAACACGCGCAGCGUUUCUUGUGGCGUUACGAACCAACGGACGAGUUGGAAACCUACAUCGUGGAUGUUGUAAUGUUCGGGUCUGCGUGUUCACCCGCAACGGCGCAGUAUGUCAAGAACCGAAACGCUCGAGAGCACAUGGAACAACUCCCACGAGCGGUGGAGGGAAUUAUUGAAAGCACUUACGUAGAUGACUUUCUGGACAGCUUCGAGACGGAAGAAGAAGCAUGUCAGGUAUCCCAUGACGUAAGGGAGAUUUUUAGGAACGGCGGAUUCGAGUUGAGGAAUUGGACCUCAAACAGUAUGGAAUUGAUGAGAUGCCUUGGCGAAGCAAAUGGCGACAUCAAAUGUUUAUCAUCCAUGGGAGAUGAGGCGGAACGAGUAUUGGGAAAGCGAUGGAACCCUGCAUCUGACGAGCUUGGAUUUUGCACUAGGGCGUGCACGACGGUGUCUGACCUCUUGAUAGCAGAGAGGAUUCCAACGAAAAGAGAGGUAUUGCGAUGUGUGAUGUCCCUUUAUGAUGCUCUUGGGCUGCUUGCGAUGUUCGUGAUCUACGGCAAGAUCCUGAUACAAGAUCUUUGGCGAACUGGCACGCAGUGGGACGAAGAGAUUAACGACAUGCAGUUGAGACAUUGGCGUAGAUGGAUUGAUCUGCUUCCGGCAAUAGCAGACCUACGCAUUCCGCGCAGUUACUUUGCGGCAGCAUCGAAGAAGAUGUACGAGAAUGGCGAAUGGCAUUUGUUUGUCGAUGCAAGUCAGCACGCUUAUGCAUGCGUCUUAUAUCUGAGGAUAUUUGAUGAUGCUGGAGAACCUCAGUGUACACUCAUCGGUGGGAAAGCUAAGGUGGCGCCACUGAAGCCACUUACUAUUCCGAAGCUUGAGCUUCAGGCUUGCGUGUUGGGAGCGAGAUUUUUACGCUACACGCAGGAGCAUCAUCCGAUUAAUGUGAGACGACGAGUGCUUUGGUCGGACAGCACAGUUGCGUUGUCGUGGAUAAGGUCGGAUCCAAGAAACUACAAACCCUUCGUGGCUCAUAGGGUGGUCGAAAUACUGGAGAGCACAUCGGUUGACGAGUGGAGAUGGGUGCCUACUGACCACAACCCGGCAGACGAGGCCACGAAGUGGAAGGGAAAGCCGAAUUUCGACUUUGGUGGCAACUGGUUUCAAGGGCCAGAGUUCUUACUCCAUGGGGAGGAUGAUUGGCCAUCACAGAGGCACAACAGCGACAACCCGUCAGAAGAAAUACGACAGGUAAAUCUUCACGUGGAAGACUCUAACACCGGACUAUUACCUAUCCGGUAUGAACGUUUCAGCCGAUUGGAGAGGCUACAAAGGAUGAUUGGUUGGAUUGUCAGGUAUGUGGGCAAUCUGAGACGAAAGUAUCGUGGCGAACCUAUUUUAGGAGGUGUUCUACGACAAGAAGAACUCUAUGAAGCGGAUAAGAUUCUGUGGAGGCAGACACAACUCGAGUACUAUCCGGAAGAAGUUCGCAUUCUGAGUUUGGACGAUAACGAUGGAAAACCUGGAGGAAGAACGGUAUCAAAGCAAAGCCACAUUUACCAUCUAUUGCCGUUUGUGGACGAUGAAGGCGUAUUGCGAAUGCGAGGAAGGAUAGGUGCAGCGGCUGAUGUUCCUUAUUCUGCUAAGUAUCCCGUUAUACUGCCGAGGGGUUCCCGACUGGCUGAGUUGAUAGUAGAGCGGUAUCAUCGAUUGUAUCGUCAUGCGAACAACGAAACAGUGACGAAUGAGUUACGGCAACAAUUUCAGAUCCCGAAGCUGAGAGCGUUGGUAACGAAGACGGUGAAGAACUGUGUCUUCUGUAAGAUCAGGCGGUCACUACCACAAGUGCCGCCAAUGGCACCGUUACCAAAGGAGAGGCUCACGCCCUUUGUUAGGCCAUUCAGCUACGUCGGGCUGGAUUACUUUGGACCAGUGUUGGUCAAGAGAGGAAGAUCGAACGAGAAGCGUUGGAUCGCUUUAUUCCCGUGUUUGACUGUGCGCGCGAUUCACUUGGAGGUGGUGCACAGUCUAUCGACGGAAUCGUGCGUGUUGGCGGUUAGACGAUUUGUGGCUAGAAGAGGUGCACCGGUAGAAAUCUUCAGCGUCAACGGGACCAAUUUCUUGGGUGCUAGCAGACAACUGCGGAGGGAGAUCGAGGAGCGCAAUGAAACUCUGGCGGCGAUUUUCACGAAUGCGCACACCCGUUGGACCUUCAACCCACCUGGCGCUCCACACAUGGGCGGCGUGUGGGAGCGUAUGGUACGCUCUGUAAAAGCGGCGAUUAGCACGGUGAUGGAGGCAAAGCACGCACCCGACGACGAGACGUUUGAGACAGUGAUCUUAGACGCAGAGGCGAUGAUCAACUCUAGACCGUUGACUUAUGUUCCCUUGGACCCGGAGAACCAAGAGCCAAUCACACCGAAUCAUUUCCUGUUGGGGAGAGCUUCAGGUGUAAAGCAGCAGCCAGUGUUACCUACGAACUAUAGGGAUAGCUUGAAGGGAAAUUGGAAGUUAGCGCAGCAUAUGCUCGACGGAAUAUGGAGGCGGUGGAUUAAGGAAUAUUUACCGGUGAUCUCGCGGCAGAGUAAGUGGUUUGAAAAUGUGCGGGAAAUUAGGAAAGGAGAUUUGGUACUGGUAGUGGACGGAACAAUCAGGAACCAGUGGAAGAAAGGAAUAGUUGAGCGAAUUAUGGCAGGACCUGAUGGUCAUAUAAGGCAAGCGUGGGUACGCACCAAUACAGGAGCAGUUAGGAGGCCAGUAGCUAAGCUAGCACUGCUCGACAUAGCAACUUAG